AUAGGGUUUUAUGCUACUCAACCCCAUACCCAACAACUCUUCCUCCUUCCCCAACACAACACAACACAACACAACACAACACAAGCGCGCACUGCUCUCAGACCCGCUCUCCCCUCAGAAGCAAGAAGACGGUUGGUUUUCAUCUUCAACAGUGAAAAACAAUGAGGAAGCUAAAGUUCCAUGAGCAGAAGCUUUUAAAGAAGGUCAAUUUUUUGGAAUGGAAGAGAGAAGGAGGUCACAGAGAGAACCUCGUUAUGCAGCGCUACCACGUUACUGGACGGGAUGAUUACAAAAAAUAUUCAAGCUUAUGCGGAAUGGUUCAGAAGUUGGUAAACAUAUUGAAACAGAUGGACCCCAAGGACCCUGUUCGGGUCGAUAUGACUGAUAAGCUUUUGGAAAAACUUUACAACAUGGGUGUGAUUCCAACCAGGCAAAGCAUCACACAAUGUGAACACUUAACUGUUUCAUCCUUCUGUAGGCGUAGGCUCUCGACUGUUUUGGUGCGACUAAAAUUUGCUGAGCACUUGAAAGAAGCUGUGACGUAUAUUGAGCAGGGGCAUGUGCGAGUUGGUCCAGAGACAGUUACAGAUCCAGCUUUCCUUGUAACUAGAAACAUGGAAGACUUUGUGACAUGGGUGGAUUCAUCCAAGAUAAAGAGAAAGGUGCUUAAGUACAAUGACAAGUUGGACGACUAUGAUAUAAUGAAUUAAGGGGAAAGCCUAGGGCUUUGGCUUAUUGUGGGUAGAGCAAUUUCUUGUUAUAGACGUGGGUGAAUGAAGACUACAUAGAAUUGUAGGAUGAGUUUGUGUUCUUUUUUUCUUUGCGGUUAUUCUAGGAAAGCUUGGAUUUUAACUGGUUAUUUUUAAUUCCAUAUUAAGAUUGUGUAAUGAACCUAGAAUCUAGUGCAUCGUGAUCCAUGAUGGUGGUGUUAAAUCUUUAAAAUAUGUAUUUUGCAUUUUCAGUGGAUGAUGAGCCAUUGUAUUUGAUCUGGAAUUGGAUACAGAGUAAAGGAUUUGCAAGAACAAAA